GUCUGUCUGUGGAUUUAUGACCCGAACGUCCCCGCUGUGUCCACAUGGAGUGUCCGCUGAUAUCGCCUGUAGCUGGGGUUCGGACAGCUAGCAGCUAACGCCACCCGUGUACAGGGCAGACGGUGCAGAGACUGGUGCUGUUUUUUUGGGUUGUAGCAGCCGUUUCCCCCUUCUCCAGUCUGGCUGCUGCAGACCUCAUCCCAUGUCAGUGCUGUGGGCCUAAAACUAGGCUGAAGGUUGGAUCUAUCCAAUGACCUGCCAGUCAUCUGAGUCCACAGAGAGCAUUGAGAGCGACAGACGAGCUGACAACAACUCCAGGACUGUGGAAUCAGAUGAGAGCCGCAUCGCAUUAGCCAUGAAAGACCUGAAAAACACAGGCUGGUACUGGGGCAGCUUGACCGCCAAUGAAGCCAAAGAGAUCCUGCAGGACGCCUCAGAAGGCACGUUUCUCGUCCGUGACAGUUCGCAAAGGGAUUAUUUGUUCACCAUCUCAGCCAUGACAUCAGCAGGUCCCACCAACCUCCGCAUUGAGUACAAACAUGGCAAGUUUAAGUUGGAUUCAGUGGUGCUGGUGAAGCCCAAAUUGAAGCAGUUUGACAGCGUGGUCCACCUAGUGGAGCAUUAUGUCCACCUGUCAAGGACCAACAACAAAACAGCUCAGAACUCUCAGCCCUCAGCUCCGCCCAAUGGGACAGUGCAGCUGCUCCUCACCAAACCUGCCUACACUGCCACACCAUCGCUGCAGCACCUGUGUCGCAUCACCAUCAACAGGAGAACACGGCAGAUCCAGGAUCUGCCACUGCCCAACAGACUAAAGGACUAUCUGAUGGACUAUGUCUACAACGUGUAGCAGCCAAGCACAAGCAGCUUGUCUCUGCAGGAAGGAGCCUACAGUUAUCCAGCAGCUCUGUUCAGAGGGACAUGCAAUAACCGAGAUCUGCCAGGAGAAGACAGGUGUUGCUGCAGGAGAAGCAAAUCAGACAUCUGAUUGGUUGACAGGCAGGUGAUGGAAAGACACAAAAAUACAUUUUAAGUAUAAUGUAUUCUGAUCAGACCUUUUACAGAGUGAAGUCUCUGUUGUACUCUAAAGCAGAUGAAUCUGUGCAGGCUUCAGGAUGUGUCAGCAUACACAGAUGCGUUCAACACGUGAUCAGUUCAUGUGUUCAGUCAUAAAGUUUGGGCACAGAGUAGAGGACAAGGCACUGAGUAAAGCAGGGCUGCAGCCAGGGAUUCUUCUGUUGAUUCAUUUUUUAACUGAUCACUUGGCCUUGUAAAUGUCAGAGGACAGUUUACAGAUAUUCCUUUUAAAAUGUCUUUAUUUGGUCCAAAACUUAAAGACAAGAGGAAAACAAAGUAUUUGUUUUAUAGUAUUUUCCUUAAUGACAUAUUUCUAUGACCUUGAUAACUGAAUGGUAUGUUCUUGAAAUGGUUGUUGAUUAUUUUCAGUUCACAUUUUAAAUUUAAUCCUGGUUGCAGCUCUAAAGUGUUCAGAAAGUUUAGUGUUAAGGUUUGAUAUUCAGAAAGUAACGUUUUCCUGUUUAUUACCUCUGGAUCUUAAUUAUCAGAAUAAUAUUUUGGAAUUUUUUUUUUUUUUUUUUGCACUGAUGAUUGGUGAUGGAAAUUAUCUGCUUUUAUCAAAGCAAAACUUAAAAUAUUAAAAACCAUUGAUCCAAAAUUUACAGCUUUUUUAAAAAAAAAAAAAAAAAACAACUCCUAAGGCCUUUUAUAUCCAGCUCUUCAACAUGCACUAUGUUUCCUUACAUGUUCAGUGAUUUGAAUUAUUAAUUCUAAUAAUUACGUAAUUAUUACAGCUAGUAGUAAAAAAAAAAAAGCUGAUGUUUUUAAAUGUCUCAUUUGUCCAGCCACCCAAUAACGAUGAUUAUUGCAACAUAAACAAUUAUUAUCGUAACACUUUUUUCACCCAGCCAUGAACUGAAGGUUUAACUGAAAAAAACAAGAAACAGUUAAUUAAAAACUGACCACACAAAGUAUAAUUUGUGUUCAGGUAAAACUUUAUAAUCUCAGAUCAGUUGCGUAAGAAAGUAUCCAGUGGAAACUAUACACAAGGAAAGACUAAAGUGAAUAUUUUCAUGUUUUAGACAGUUCAGGAGAUUUUUUUGGCAAUCUUUUGUCUGUUCCAUGACUUUCUCCUACCCAGAACCUUUUUGUUGCCAAGAUACUUUAUGUUAAGGACAUAAACUUAAAAAUAACUUUUUCUUGUCCCUUCUAGGACUCUAUAUUUCGACUGUUUUUGUUUCAGUCUCUCUAGUAGCUGCAGUGAGUUGAGAUUUAAUCCCAUCAACAGUUUGUUUUAAAUAUUUGCAAUCAAUCAUGAUCUGAUCAUUCAACAAUGAAAAUGAAGAUGUUUCAGGUAAAGUACUGUUUUUUAGGUCUAAAUGCUUACAUGUAUACUUUUGAUGCUUUACUAAUGUUUAAAUCAGGUGGGAGACACAUAUUUAUAAAAUGUUAAUAGUCACAAAUAUCCCAUCUUAUAUUUACUGUACAAAAUCAGUGUGUUUUCUAGACAGAAGUUUUCUAUCAUGUAAUCAAUGCUGUUAUUCAUGCCUUUAAACAGAAAGUCUUUCAUUGGCUGAACCUGUGACAACAGAAUGAGCUUUCCUGAUCGAUGAGCUCUGCAGAAAACAAACAGACGUGAUGUUGUUGAUGUGACCAUACAUCAGUAGUCACUACUUAAAUACCUUCAGUCUGACCUUGUGUUAGACUUUGUCCUGCUGUAGUACCUGCUCUUCUGAACCAAUCAGAACAAAGAAAAACAAAGAAGGCCCGUUAAUAACUGCUCUCUGGUGUCACAAAGUCCAAAGAAGCUCCCGCAACCUGUUUUUAACCAUCACUAACAUAAAUACAGUUCUAUGAGUCAGGGUCAGUUAAGUGCAUAACAACACAGUUAGUUGACACAGUUAGUUAAUUAAAAAGUGCCAACCAGUUUAAUAAACUAAGAUAUAUGAUUUUUCCCAGGCAAAGAUGGCAGCAUUAUGCCUCCUUUUUUUCUUUGAUGACCAAAUUUGCAAUAUAUUGGGUUUGGGUUUGUUGGCUGGGCAAAACAAACAUUUUUUAGACUUCAGUUUUGGUUUCUGAGAAAGGCCACAUAUUUAUUGAUAAAAGUUCAAGUGGACGUCACUUUGCAGGACAAAGAAAAGUCUCCCAAAAUGAAACAUAGAUACUCCCAUGAACCUAAAAAGAUGUCCAAGAUUACAACUUCAGUGCUGGUCAGGAUAAAACAGAACUACUUUUGUUUUUAUUUGUCUCAUAGGUUCAUUGUGAUAGAUUUGUGCAUGCUUGUGUGUUUUUGUGAAGUUUGUGUUGGAGUCUGUUUAGUGCUGGAUGCCAGUCAUUUGUUGAUAUUUGCUAAUUCUAUUUAUCCUUCCAUUUCUUCAUCAAGGAUAACAGCCUGUAGACUGACCUCUGCGUAGAAGACUUGGAUUAGUUUUUCCCAUUGACUAAAAGAAUCUGAGUCACCAUGAUACCAUUUAUUGGUUUUGGAUGGACAUUUUGAAGCCAGGUGUUUUGAGUUUUGCUGUCUUGGUUUUAGGAGCCAGAAGUGACCAAAUAUUUGGACAAAAGUACAGAGUUGGGGUUAGCGUAAGGUGUGAGCUAAUGUACACUAGCUUAGUGAAAAACAUCAUGAAUCAUUAGCAUAACUUGCUAGUCUAAUUUAUUAACAACUACUACAACAGAGCUGUUUGCCAAGAGAAAUUUUGUUCAAUAAACAGAAGCUAUGAAGGUCUGACAGGCAAGGAGCUGUCAAUCAAAUCUUCUUUUAUCCCUAAAAUUUCAUUAAUGCAGCAACAACUGACAAACGCAUUACCAGUUCACUUGUCAGAGGGUAUAAAUAAGUUGAAAGACACCCAAAUGACUCAUGGAAAAAAAUAUUGACAGUAUUUCUGGUCAGAAGUUCUGUGGAAGCCUCUCAAAGCUACAUUUGUGUAGAGCCAACAUCUAGUGGCCACUAGUGGUAUUGUACUUAGAUACUUCUGCACCAGCCUCACCUGCCUAAUGGUUUUUGUGUGACAGUCCUUAUGUUCUCCUCUGUUGCUGUAACCAUACACAACACUAGCUAUGGUAAUUUUAGAAUUUGUUUGAGCUAAUGUCAACAAUCAACCAUCUCCAAGCAUAACAAACUCCAACACCAACGAAAACAGACAAGCACAUGCCAGUCUAUAACACUGUAAUUCUGAUUAAUUCAGCUUUAUUUAUCAAGUGCCAGAGUACAAGGAGAAACAACUUAAGGUAUGUUGUAUAAUGGGCAAAACUUACAGUAUUUUAGGGAGAAACCCAACAAAUAAGUUUAACCAAAUUACUUACUGGAUGAGAAGACUCAUAUUAGUUUUAGGAUUCUUGUCACUAGUAAUGGAAUCACCUGUAAGAAACAUUUUGUUCUGUGACAGUACACACCUCGACCUUGACAGCCAGGUAACAUCACUCUUCAGUGUCUUAAAAAACUCAGCUUUAAGUUUGUUUCACUUAUUCACUCUGAGUGUCUGGGACUUCAACAUGUCAUCGUUGCCGACUACAUUAACGUUACUCUUCCAGAUUU